AUGGCCUUCAUGCAGAAAUAUCGUACAUGGGUGACAGAACGUGCGAGGCAGUUGAAUAAUGCUCAAGAGGAACAACUCCUGAAUGACAUGCUACUAAUUGUCAUUGUGCAUGAAAUAUUGCGGACGAACUCAGAGGAGAAAAAGAAACGGAUCUACACAAAAAAGCGUUUUUGGGUACAUCCUAUAUUUAGAUUGAGAAAUAAGUAUGGGUUUUACCAUGCAAUAUAUCCAACUCUAUCGAGGUAUAACCCUAAGUUUAAAAACUAUAUGCGGAUGUCAUUAUCGCAAUUUGAGGACCUGCUGCAUUUGGUUGCACCUCAUAUCACAAAACAGACUGUGACUCGAGAUCCCAUACCUGCUGCAGCACGAUUAUCUCUGACAUUAAGAUACUUGGCUACUGGUGAUUCAAUGAACUCCAUGUCAUAUCAGUAUCUUGUUGGAACUACGACAGUGUCAAACAUUAUUACCGAGACAUGUGCAGCAUUAUGGGAUUGCCUUGCUAAAAAAGUGCUUCCUUUUCCAUUAAGUAAGGAAGAUUGGCUCAAUAUCGCACAAGAUUUCGAAGAUUGCUGGAAUUUUAAUCACUGCAUUGGCGCAAUUGACGGAAAACACGUUGCUAUUCAGUGUCCUCAUAAUGCUGGCUCUUUAUAUUACAACUACAAGAACUAUCAUAGCAUUGUACUGCUCGGAAUAUGUGAUGCCAACUACAUGUUUACGUUCGUCGACAUCGGAGCUUAUGGCAGACGUAGUGAUGGCGGAAUUUUCUGA